AUGCCCGGCGAGAUUCGUGCGCUCUCUACCACCACCGACGUCAACCGCGUCGAGGCUCCAGUCACCUGGAAAGCCUAUCUCAUCUGUGCCUUCGCGUCCUUUGGCGGGAUCUUCUUCGGUUACGACUCGGGAUAUAUCAACGGCGUCAAUGGCGUCAAAGAAUUCAUCCACAUCGUCCAAGGUCCCGACGCUACGGCUCUCUCGUCUCCUCACCAGUCGCUGAUCGUCUCCAUCCUCUCUUGCGGUACCUUCUUUGGCGCUAUCAUCGCCGGUGAUGUCGCCGAUAUCAUUGGUCGCAAAUGGACUGUCAUCGUGGGCUGCGUCAUCUACAUCGUUGGUGUCAUCAUUCAGAUGAUUACCGGGCCCGGCCACGGCCUCGGUGUCAUUGUCGCAGGUCGUCUCAUUGCCGGUUUUGGUGUUGGCUUCGAAAGUGCCACCGUAAUUCUGUACAUGAGCGAAAUUUGCCCAAGGAAGGUUCGCGGUGCUCUCGUGGCCGGAUACCAAUUCUGCAUCACGAUUGGUCUGCUUCUGGCCUCUUGUGUCGAUUAUGCCACGGAAAACCGCGGAGACACUGGCUCCUAUCGAAUCCCCAUUGCGAUUCAGUUUGCCUGGGGUCUCAUUCUCGGCGGUGGCCUGCUCUUCCUCCCUGAUUCGCCGCGAUACUUUGUCAAGAGAGGCCGGAUCGAAAAGGCUAUGCAAUCACUCUCGCGCCUCCGCGGUCAACCCACCGAUUCCGAGUAUAUCCAAGUCGAGAUUGCUGAGAUCAUUGCGAACGACGAGUAUGAGCGUGAGAUAAUUCCAUCCACCGGCUGGCUCUCCAGCUGGCACAACUGCUUUAAAGGCGGGCUGCGCAACCAGAAGUCCAAUCUCCGUCGUACCAUUCUCGGCACAUCGUUGCAGAUGAUGCAGCAAUGGACUGGUGUCAACUUCAUCUUCUACUACUCGACCCCGUUCCUCCAAUCGACCGGCGCCAUCAACAACACCUUCUUGAUUUCCCUGAUCUUCACACUUGUCAAUGUCUGCUCCACCCCAAUCUCGUUUUACACCGUGGAGAAAUUCGGUCGCCGCCCUCUGCUCGUCUACGGAGCGCUCGGCAUGCUCAUCUGCCAGUUCCUCGUGGCCAUCAUCGGGGUCACGGUCGGUUUCAACCACACUCAUAUCAACGCCAAUGGCGACAGCAUUGCCAACAACAUCUCGGCCGUCAAUGCGCAGAUUGCAUUCAUUGCCAUCUUCAUCUUCUUCUUUGCCUCGACCUGGGGUCCCGGCGCCUGGAUUUUAAUUGGGGAAAUCUUCCCUCUUCCGAUCCGUUCCCGCGGAGUGGGUCUCUCGACUGCCUCGAACUGGCUCUGGAAUACGAUUAUCGCCGUCAUUACCCCCUACAUGGUCAACCCGGACAGAGGAAACCUGCGAUCAUCGGUCUUCUUCAUCUGGGGCGGUCUGUGUACCUGCGCCUUCGUCUACUCGUGGCUCCUGGUGCCCGAGACCAAGGGUUUGACAUUGGAACAAGUUGACAAGAUGAUGGAAGAGUCAACCCCGCGUACCUCGAGCAAGUGGAAGCCUACCAAGACUUUCGCUGAGCAGAUGGGCAAUGAGGGCGGUAUCCUCAACAAGGAGAUCGUCGCUGACGUCGAGAGGAAGGGAUCCGUCUUUUAG